CAUAGGAGUUCUCGUAACAACAACUUAAAGAAGUCAACAUGGUUUCGAUGUUGGCCCAACAACUCUCUUAUACCAAAGAUGGUCGGUGAUUAUGGCACAAUGACAAAACUUUGUUAUGCGAAAGAGAGAGAAUAGAAUACUUACCAAGUUAACUAAACCAUAAGAGGAAGCUUCCUUGCCUAAAACCCAAGGCAAAGUCAUUUAUAUUCCUAGUCCAGUUCCAUCAAAUUAGCACCAUUUUCCAAAACCUUUCCUUUUCGCCCUUCUUAGCUCUUUGCCUUCAUAAAAAGCCCCACCCUUUUCUCCUUCUGCAGUGAAUCAAUAAUGGCCCUUAUAAGAAGUCCUCCUCCCAUCAGUUUGGGCUCCCAAUCAUUCAGAAAUCUACCCUAUACAGCCUUGCCUAAAAUUAGCUCAUGUGUAUUUCAACAAAAGAAGACCACAGUACUAAAAUAUGGCGACUGGAUGAGGAAAACAAACAAAAGAUCAUCCACUGACGUUAAGCUCCGUUUCGUGCCUUCGUGUUUACCAGAUGAUUCUGAUUCCUGCUUAGAUUCAAAUUCAAAUCCUUCAUCAGAAAUGAUUGAGAACUUCUACAGAUGCAUCAAUGAAAAAAACUUAGAGGAGUUGGGCAGUUACAUCUCAGAAGACUGUGUCAUUGAAGACUCCUUGUUCAUUGAACCAUUUCAAGGGAGGAAGGAAGCUCUGGAGUUCUUUGAAGAACUCACUCAAAGCAUGGGCCGAUAUGUGAAGUUCAGAAUUCUUAACGUCUACGAAAGUGGCACUUCCGGUGCAGGAGCAAUCUGGCGCUUGGCAUGGAAGGACAUAGAGAUUCCCUUCUCCAAGGGCUGCACCUUCAUCAACAUCAGAAAUGAAAAAAGAAGAGCAAUACAGAAAGCACAAAUCAUAGUUGAACCACAAGUCAAAGCAGGACAUUUCAUCUUGGCUUUACUGAAGCUUGUGACUUCAUUACUCGAUACAUUUCCAGCAAUUCCAGAAUGGCUGCUAAAAUUGUUUCAACUACCUUGGGUAAAGUGGCUAUCAAAGAUAUGUAUAAAGCUCUUCACGCUUCUCUGGGAGAGUUUUCUGGAGAGCCUUCUAGCCUUUAAAUAUCUGUAUAACUAUCGACACUGGGUAUUACCACUCAACUUUUUACGGUACAUUUUAGGGUUCUUAAUGUAAAGGAUACAUGAUAUGCACAAAGAUCUAUUAAUUUCAUGGGCAUGGAAGAGAUCAUAAAGAUACAUGAAAUUCCCCUUCUAGUUAUCAUUUU